AGGAACUGAUUUUGCAGAAACUGCAGAGCAAGUGUUCAAGCUGAUUACCUAUAAGGCAACCAGCCAUCAGGAUUACAUUCCGGUACUUCUCCUGGUGGAUGAUUUUGAAGAUCAGGAAAACGUCUACAUUCUACAGGACACUAUCCAAUCUACUUUAGUAGCGCACGGUUUGAGAUACGAAAAAACACUGGUCAUUAUCUUAAACUGCAUGAGAUCCCAGAAUCCUGAUCAAAGUGCAAAACUAGCAGACAGCAUUGCACUAAAACACCAGCUUUCUCCCAAGGAACAAAGAGCUUUUGAGGCCAAACUGGAGGAAAUUGAAAAGCAACAUAAGAACUGUGAAAACUUUUAUUCCUUCAUGAUCUUGAAAGAAAACUUUAAGAAAUCGUAUAUAGAAAAUGUAGUCAAGAAUAUCCUAAAAGGACAGGAUGCCAACAGCAAAGAAACCCAACUCAUUUCUUUCCUGGCUCUACUCAACUCUUAUGUUACUGAUUUUACAAUUUCAGUCUCACAGUGUGAAACAUUUUUGGGAAUCCCAUGCAUUCAUACGCCCUGGAAGCCUGAGAGCAUAGAAGACAAGAUGGGAACCUACUCGACUCUUCUAAUAAACACAGAAGUGGCCGAAUAUGGGGGAUGUGCAGGCGUGCGCAUCAUUCACCCUCUGAUUGCCAGUUGCUGCCUAAAAGAGCUGGAAGAAAGCUAUCACUUGGAAGGUUGCAGCUGUGAUAUGAGUGAACAAGUAAAUCUACCUGAAGCGACCAAAGACUGGAACAAAGAGCACGUGAAACAAUGGGUGACCAAAGACCUUAACAUUGAUGAAAAAUAUGGACAGAUGCUGUUCGUAGAAGAAGUGACAGGAUUAGUCCUGUCAGAAUCAACUGAAAAGGAUCUUAGAGACAUGGGACUACCACGGGGCCCAGCACUUCUGAUAAAACGAGCAUUUGACAGAUUGAAUCAUGGUUUCCCGGAUAAUCACGCUCAGAAUUCUGGACUAUUGGAUCAUACAAAACCCUCCAAAAAAGGACACCAUGAAAAGACGCAACGGACAAGAAAAGAAGAGCAAAAGUCAGCGUCAUCCAAUAUUGAUCAUAAUCUCAGCAAGACCAGAGAUUCCACAGAACCACAGUCAGUUCUUCUGAAAGAAAGUGCUUCGAAUGAAGUAGCAACCGCUGAAGACAAAAAAAAUAAUAAGCGAAAACCUGAACAGUUGACUUGCAUGCCACAUCCUUUUGAUCAGCCCCAGAGCAGCCAUCACUACAUAGAACAUUACCUUCUACCACCUGAAACAGGACCAGGCAAUCUCAUAGACCCAACUCAUGAGUACAAAGCCCUCACCAACCCAGGCACGGCCACAGAAAAGGACAUUAGGAUGAAAUUUAGCAACGAAGUCUUCCGAUUCGCAUCAGCUUGUAUGAAUUCGCGCACCAAUGGCACCAUCCAUUUUGGGGUCAAGGACAAACCCCAUGGAGAAAUUGUUGGAGUGACAGUCACCAGCAAAGAUGGCUUCAUUAACCACUUCAAUGAAAUGAUCACAAAGUAUUUUGAAGACAGUGAGAUCAAUGAAGCCAGGAAGUGCAUUCGGGAGCCAAGGUUUGUGGAAGUCCUCCUGCAGGACAACACACCAUCUGACAGAUUUGUCAUUGAAGUAGAUGUCAUUCCAAAACACUCUGUGUGUAAAGAAAAGUGUUUCUACAUUAUGAUGCAUCUCUGUGACAAUGGAACAUGGAAGCAAAGUGAAGAACUUUCAUUGUUUGUGAGGGAGGGGGCUAGCUCUAAGGAUAUCUGGGCCAAUGUCAAGAAACGGGAUAUAAAAUUGAAAGCAUUUUCUAAAACACUAAAGUCGCUAGCAGCAUCCAGAAAAGAGGCUGAAGAAAAAUUUGAGGCAAGGGAAAAUAAGAAAGAGAGUGAAGGUCAUAAGCUGGUAUAACUUCUCAUAGGAAACCGAGAGUCACUGGAUAAUUCAUACUACAAUUGGUAUAUUCUUGUAACUAAUAAAUGCCAUCCAAGCCAAACAAAGAACCUAGAGUUUCUAAAGGAAAUUAAAUGGUUUGCUGUGUUGGACUUUGAUCCUGAAUCCGAGAGCAAGGGGGUAGCCAAAGCUUACCAGAAAGACCGCGUAGCAAAUCUUCACUUCCCAAGUCAAUAUGAGGAAAAGACAACUACCACAAGGGAGAAAAUUUCUCUUCUGAAUCUUUAUGAUCAGCCCAGCUGGAUCUUCUGCAAUGGCAGAUCAGACUUGAAAGAUGAGAGCUACAAGCCUCAAGAACCACAUUUAUGGCAGAGGGAAAGAGCGUCUGGAGUCAGACAACUGAUUUUGUUUCUCACAGAUGAAAAUCUCAUGACAAAAGGGAAGUUUCUGGUAGUGUUUCUAUUACUCUCUCCGGUGCAAAGCCCAGGAGAUCCACUCAUUGAAACCUUCUGCGCUUCCUACCAAGCUCUCAAAGGAAUGGAAAGUGUAUUGUGUAUCUGUGUAAACUCACAGAUUUAUCAACGAUGGAAAGAUCUACUACAAGCCAGACUGACAAUUGCAGAUGAAUUAACAGGACACAGUGUUUCCACUUUAAAUUUAGAUUUGAUAAACAGCACUAUCCUUAAACUGAAACCAGUCACUCAGUCACCAAGAAGGUUUCUGCCCUCCCGUGGAUCAUCUUCCAUCAUCUUAGAGAAGAAAGAAGAGGAUAUCUUGACCGCACUGGAAAUUCUCUGUGAAAAUGAGUGUAAAGACACAGAUAUUGAGAAAAACGAAUCUAAGUUCCAACAAUUUAAGAAAACAAAAGAAGAGCACUUUUAUCGAGGUGGCAAAGUAUGCUGGUGGAACUUCUAUUUUUCUUCUGAAAACUACUCUUCGGCCUUUGUCAAAAGAGACAAUUAUGGAAACCUUAAAGAGCUGAUAGAGCGUACGGCAGAGUCUCCUAAACCAGUAUUUGUAAAAAUUAUCAAUCUUUACCACCAUCCAGGCUGUGGGGGUACCACAUUGGCUAUGAAUGUUCUCUGGGACCUAAAGAAACACUUCAGGUGUGCCGUGCUAAAAAACAAAGGAACUGAUUUUGCAGAAACUGCAGAGCAAGUGUUCAAGCUGAUUACCUAUAAGGCAACCAGCCAUCAGGAUUACAUUCCGGUACUUCUCCUGGUGGAUGAUUUUGAAGAUCAGGAAAACGUCUACAUUCUACAGGACACUAUCCAAUCUACUUUAGUAGCGCACGGUUUGAGAUACGAAAAAACACUGGUCAUUAUCUUAAACUGCAUGAGAUCCCAGAAUCCUGAUCAAAGUGCAAAACUAGCAGACAGCAUUGCACUAAAACACCAGCUUUCUCCCAAGGAACAAAGAGCUUUUGAGGCCAAACUGGAGGAAAUUGAAAAGCAACAUAAGAACUGUGAAAACUUUUAUUCCUUCAUGAUCUUGAAAGAAAACUUUAAGAAAUCGUAUAUAGAAAAUGUAGUCAAGAAUAUCCUAAAAGGACAGGAUGCCAACAGCAAAGAAACCCAACUCAUUUCUUUCCUGGCUCUACUCAACUCUUAUGUUACUGAUUUUACAAUUUCAGUCUCACAGUGUGAAACAUUUUUGGGAAUCCCAUGCAUUCAUACGCCCUGGAAGCCUGAGAGCAUAGAAGACAAGAUGGGAACCUACUCGACUCUUCUAAUAAACACAGAAGUGGCCGAAUAUGGGGGAUGUGCAGGCGUGCGCAUCAUUCACCCUCUGAUUGCCAGUUGCUGCCUAAAAGAGCUGGAAGAAAGCUAUCACUUGGGUAAGUGUCAAAUUGCCUUGAUGUUAUUAAAAGAGAAUUUAUUCUAUACUUCUGGAAUAGGAAGAGACAAAUUUCAACAAUACGUGCAAACCCUUCUGCUUACGAGACAGCGCAGAGAGUAUGGAGAUGAAACAGACACUCUGUUUUCGCCGUUAGUUGAAGCUCUACAGAAUGACGAAGUGGAAAGGGUCUUGAAACAAGGAAGUGUUCGGUUCCCUCAAAAUGCAUUUAUUUGUCAGGCCCUAGCAAGACAUUUCUACAUUAAAGAGAAAGACUUUAACACUGCUCUCUGUUGGGCCAAUGAGGCCAAGGAGAGAGCACCUAAAAAUUCCUAUAUCUCAGAUACUCUUGGUCAGGUCUACAAAAGUGAAAUCAAAUGGUGGUUGGAUAAAAACAAAACCUGUAGGGCUAUCACUGUUGAGGAUCUAACACAUUUCCUGGAAGCUACUGAAAAUGCAGCAAGAGCUUUCAAAAAAUCCCAAGAGCAAACUGAUGGGAAAGAUUCUGAAACAGAGACCUGGUCACCACAGAAGUCCCAGAGAAAAUACGACAUGUAUAAUACGGCUGGCUUCUUGGGUGAAAUAGAAGUUGGUCUUUACACUAUUCAGAUUCUUCAGCUCACCCCCUGUUUCCACAAAGAAAAGGAAUCAUCUAAAAAGCCUAUGGCAGAAUUUUUAUCUGGGAAGGGAAAUAUUCCUACAGACCCAAAAAGUGAAUAUUAUUUGGCUCUUAACAAGUUCACAUCCUACUUACAAAAUUUACAGUCAGAUAUGAAAAAGUGCUUUGACUUUUUUACUGAUUAUUUAGUUCUUUUAAAAACAAGGAAUAUGCUAAAAGAAACAGUGGAAAUCUUAUUAAGCAAGAAAAUCAGUCGUUGUUUCAGUAAAUACAAGGAAAUUUUCUGCCUGUUGGAUUCGGGUCCAUUAGCGAGCAGAGAGAGUCAAUUACUGCUAGAGGAGAAUCGCUGGAAAACCCUAGAAGCCUUGAGAGCAGACAGGUUUUCUGGACUUCUGGAAUAUCUUAACCCAAAUCAGGACGAUGCCGCAAACACUAUGGAAAACAUAGUGGACCAAUACACUUCCCUCUUGCUGCAAAAUCCAAAUAAACGGCUGGCAAAGGAAAAACAAAAUUUUAUUUUGGCCAACAUUAUUCUCAAUUGUCUAAAACCCAACUCCAAGUUCAUUAAGCCACUUAACACGCUUAAAAAACUGCUUCGAGAAGUGUUACAAUCCGUAGAACUAAACCAUCUAUGUCCAGAUCCUUAUUUCUUGGCUUGCCUCCUGUUCUGGCCAGAAAAUGAAGAGCUAGAUGAAGAUGCUGAACUAAUGGAAAAGUACGUUUCAUGCUUAAGUAGAUCCUUCAAUAGACAGUACAGGAGAAUGUGCAGGUCCAAGCAGGCAAGCACACUUUUCUACCUGGGGAAGAGGAAGGGUCUCAACAGCCUUGUUCACAAAGCCGAGAUAGAGCAGUACUUCAGUAAAGAAAAAAAUAUAAAUUCCUUCUGGCAGAGUGGAGACGUGUGGAAAAACGCAGAAGUCAAAGAUCUCUUGCGUCCUCUCACUGGCCUGGCUGAAGGCAAGAAAAUCUCUAUCGAAUAUGGAACAAAGAAAAAAAUAAAAAUACCAGUAACAUCCGUUUACUCGGGUCCACUCAGAAGUGGUGGCAACAUAGAAAGAGUAUCGUUCUACCUAGGGUUUUCCAUUGAAGGCCCUCUAGCAUAUGGUAUAGAAGGAUGUAAGAAGGCAUAAUAUGUUUUUAUUCAUAUCUAUCUCUGAUCUUAUUCCCUCUAGUGCCAUGGCAUUGUGAUGACAUUAUUGGCUUACGUCUCUCACGGAUUUUGGUUUUAUCUCCCCAAAUAAACUAUAAGCCUUGGUAGGGCAUGAAACAUGGCUACACAGCAGAGCUUGGCAACAGUAGAGUCUGCUUUCAAUGUUUUAAAGAUGCGCUUUCAGACUAACAUAUUUAAUUAAGAGGUUUCAGUUGAUAUCCACUGGUCAUGUCAUUAUUGUUU